CUCUCUCUCUCUAUAUUAAACCUCUGAACCAGUGACCACAUACUCAGUGAGCGAGUCCGAGUCAAAGUCCGAGUUAACAAUGGACGUCUACGGCAUGUCGUCACCGGACUUGCUUCGUAUCGACGACCUUCUCGAUUUCUCCAACGACGAAAUCUUCUCUUCUUCCACUUCCUCCACCGUCACUUCAUCCGCCGCUUCCUCCGCCGGAUCUUCCUCUUUCCCAUCUGAAAACCCUUUCAACUUCCCUUCGUCCGCCUACACUUCUCCUCCUCUCCUCACCGAUUUCACUCACGAUCUCUGCGUUCCCAGUGACGACGCAGCACAUCUCGAAUGGUUAUCACGAUUCGUUGACGAUUCAUUCUCCGAUUUCCCAGCGAAUCCUUUAACCAUGACCGUUAGACCUGAGAUUUCAUUCACCGGAAAACCCAGAAGUCGCCGAUCAAGAGCACCAGCACCUUCCGUAGCUGGAACUUGGGCUCCGAUGCCUGAAUCCGAGCUUUGUCACUCUGUUGCAAAACCUAAACCGAAGAAAGUAUACAACGCCGAAUCAGUUACGGCGGAUGUAGGAGGAGGAGCGAGGCGGUGCACGCAUUGCGCCUCGGAUAAAACGCCACAGUGGAGAACGGGACCGCUUGGACCUAAAACGCUUUGUAACGCUUGUGGAGUUCGUUACAAAUCAGGGAGGCUUGUACCGGAAUACAGACCGGCUUCGAGUCCGACGUUUGUGUUGACUCAGCAUUCGAACUCUCACCGGAAAGUUAUGGAGCUCCGGCGACAGAAGGAACAACAAGAAUCUUGCGUUCGAAUUCCGCCGUUUCAGCCGCAGUAAAUUUGGGGGUUUUCUUUUCAAGGGUUUUUGUGAUUUGGUGACGUGUCGUAAUCUUAACGGU